GUCCCUAGACCGUACCUGAAGUUCAUUUCAAGCAAUUGAUAUCCUAUUGGAAGAACAAUAACAUCCAAAAAAUUAGCAAAAUCAAUGCUGUGAACAGAGCUAAGCAAAAGUAUAUGCAUCGGAUGGGCCCAACAAACUUUGCGAGGAUUCGUGCAAAACUGCGUGCUAAGAAAGAGGACGGAAAGGAAGUUAGCCAGGCAGAGAUGUUCAUUGAGACUCGGCAAAGUCGAAAAGGAAAACAGCUGGAUGAGGAAACUUCAAGUGUAAUUUCUAAGCUUCAAGAAUCAGUUCAGAAUUCAACUGAAUCUGAGACAUUUAACUCCUUGUUUGGGAAAGAAAAAUCUGGACGAGUUCGUUGCUAUGGAAGAACAAUAACACCUACCAUGCUUAAAAGAAAAGAAGAAAUUCUGGUUAUUAAAAGGCAGCAUAAUGAUGAAGUGGCUGGCAUGAAGAGGGAGAUGGAUGGUAUGAAGGCGCUAUUUAAGACAAUGAUGAAGCAACAAAACCCACAUAUGAGCGACGAGGAGAUCUCUAAUUUGAUGGCAAGUGCUAUGGGUUGUUCCAUUAGUUCUACUGCUGCUCCUGCUGAUCCACAUUCGUCUGCAUCAACUCAUAUUCCGCAUUGCGAACAGGGAUCACAUCUUGUUACAGUUUUACUGUUGUACAAAUUUUGUUAUAGUGUUAUUGGUUUCACAGAUUUUAAGCAUCUUGUUAUAGUGUUAUUGGUUGGUAAAAAUUUUGUGAAUGCUAGUAACAUUGAUCUUAUAGUGUUAUUGGUUGGUACAAGUUGUGUGAAUGCUACUAACAUUGAUUUGUUUGGUGGAGAGGAAGCAGAUUUUGAUGAAGAUAUGGAAGAAGCUUGUGAUGAACAUGAAGAUGUGGAAGAAGUUUGUGCUGAAGAUGUUGAUGAAGAUGUUAAAGAAGAUGUGGAAGAAGAGCAAGGAGAAGAUCAAGAAGAAUAG